GCUAGCAGGAGGAAUAUUGCAUUGCCACCCCUCGAAACCCGCCGGGUAACCGAUCGGGCCAUUGACCGGCGCCGGCUGUGGAGUUCCCAUCUUCCGACGGAAGGAAGGAUGGCGCUCCCGAGGUUGCUAUGGAGCCAGCCAAGCUAGCUGCACUGGGUUUUCAUUUCUUUGAAGGCUGGGAUGGUUUUGGCGUCGUCUAAUUCGAUGCCCUCUGACUGUUCGACGAAAUGCCUAAAAGAAUGCUUGCUUACAGACCUUAUUAGUACUGCUUCUGCCCUCCCUUCUCUUUUUUGACCGUUGCUGUGAACGAGUUGGAGACGUUGUACGAGCUCUGUUAUCAGAAGUUGAGCAGUGUCAUUGGGGCAAAGACGGUCGUGUACUUACAGAAGGCUAAUCAAUUGAUUGAUUCCCUUGUGCAAUUGGAGAAAGGGAUACCACUAUCUCCUAUCUCUUCCAACUAGCAUUUUCCUUUUUGCAACGUAUGAGGAAUGCAGGAAGAAUUCGAAUAUGCAGACUUUUCAGGGAUGCUAAGUAAAUAGAGCCUCUUUUUGGACAGGGUAUGGUAAUGAAUGAUGAUGUUCUCUUCUUCUUUUUGGGUAUCCAUGAUGUUCUCUUCAAUUGUCAAGCGCUUUGAGCUUUCAUUAUAAUUAUCUUCAGGUUCACUUGGCAAUCAAUGAUUCUGGAUCAUUUUCUGAUAUGAGAAGAUAAUUUUGAUGCUACAUUUAUUGGGGUUCAUAAUGUCUCUACAUCUCUUUACUUGUAUUGAUCCGUUUGAUGUGAAUCGUGAUUGGCAUAUCGAGUUUGAGGAGCUUUUGGACUCCUAGAGUGUCUUUCAACCUGGAACUCCUUAUGCAGCGGAAAAAAAAAGUGUAAGAAACAUGAAAGAUUCCUGGGUGGAUAGAUACUUUGUGCUUCUCAAGUUCUUCAUUACUCAUUAGUUCAAGUUUGCUGGGUUACUCGCUGAUGGACCUCGUUUUCUUGUCUCAUUCGCCUGUUCCUGCUCAGGUGUGUUCGAGUUGUGUGAUUGAUGACACACUGGCCACAUUGAGCGCGAAGAGGUAAAAGUUCAUUACUUUCUACCUUCUUUGAUGUGGGAACUGUCGAAGUCCUGGAUUGGUCACUGACCAUUUGUUCUUCGGCAUUCUUUUUGCUGUUUUGCAUUCUCUAUUACUACGAAAGUGUAGUAGAAGAGAUUGUAGAGGUUCUUUGAGAUGCCAUCUCUGGUGCUGCAUAAAGACCUCUUUUUCUUAUCAUGUCUUGCCGUGUUGUCGAAGUAAUGUUGGUUUCCGGAUUUGAUAUUUCAUAGUGUGCUGUAUUAGUUAGCCCUUGAAAGACCAAAGAAGAAGCAUCAGUCAAAUUAGCUAACUGCAAUGUCUUCACAUUUAUGCUACUGGGGAAAAUUGUGGUCAAUAAGACAGAUAGGUGAGAAAAUCAAGUAACAGUUACUUGGGCUGCACUCAAGGGCUCGUGGGUAGGCAUGAACUGACUUGAACAAAACUUCAUACAUCCAUAACUUAGGCACAUGCCUUCUUCCACUCUUCCCUUGCAUCCAAAGCUUUGCAAAAUGAUUGUGUUCAUGGAAGUGGGUAUGCACCAUGCACCCAUCUUAGUUUGGUAUAGAAAAUUCUCCUGUUUAGGUAGAAAUUUGGAUCUCAAAGUGUCUUAAAGUGGUAAAGCAGCACAUAGAAACCUCUGUGUUCAUACUACUGGAUGUCUAUAGAAGCAUUUGGGCAGCUCAAUUUCAAUGAGAUUAAUCAUGAUCUCCAACAAAACAUGAUUUGAUACCAAAAAGGGCCUUAUGUCACAACAUCUCCACAAAUUUAUUUGUAAAGAUCAUUACAUGCUCAUUUCGUUCCAUUGCUUUCGGUUGUUCCGCAUAAAAUAUGUGAAUAACGUUAAAUGCUUUUUCUCCAUGGUAAAUGGAUACAAUCUCAUCCUAUCCUUGAUUCAAAACCAACCAAUUAUAAAAAAACCACGAUUUCAGCACAAAGUAUCGUAUUGCUGACUUUUCAUUUACAACCUUCAAUACGAUUUUAUAUUUAUUGGUUAAAACUUCUCCUACUUUUUCCCCCCUUAUGUCGAGGUAAGGUGCUUGCCAAUGAGCAGGCCGUUGCUUUACGGUAGGAUCUUCUGACUGAGGAGCCACAAGCUGGUCUUUGUCUUUCGGCAUGCAAGUGAAUUUUGAAUGUGCCAAAGUAAAUCUGAAAUAAGCAAUUCUGUAAAAAGUAGACGAUUUUGCAGCUAAACCGUGAAAAGAUAGUUUAUAGGUCAAAGAUCAUCAACUCGUAAGUCGUAAUAAAAGACCAGACGAACUUUAAAACAAAUUUCUCGUACGGCGGCUCUAUCACUUUGACACUUUCCCACCGACGGACCUUUUCCUCCAUUCGAACUCGGGAACGAAAAGUAAAGAGGGGGCGAAGCUCGAAGCUAUCUGAAAGCCGCAGCCGCUGUCGAGGGAACUGCUCCCGUCGCCGUCGGUCGAACGUCCAAGGUGAGGAGCUGAGCUAGAAGAAAAAUCAGAGGUAAGCUCUAAGCUCAUCUGCUCUGAGAAAUCGGCAUUUUGGAGAUUAAAGUUUGUGCCUUUUUGCCCCCCUUACUUUUUGCUUUCUAGUUGCAGUGAGAUGGGUUGCAGUUCUUCGAAGCCGGCAGAUCAGUUGGAUGAACCUGGAUUGGAAAUCUCUAGGCGUCUUGCCGCGAGAACCCCAUUCACUGUGAAUGAGGUGGAGUCGUUGUAUGAGCUCUAUAAGAAGUUAGGCAGUUCCAUUGUGCAAGAUGGUCAUAUACAGAAGGAAGAAUUCCAAUAUGCGCUUUUCAGAAAUACAAGCAAACAGAACCUCUUCUUUGACAGGGUAUUUGAUAUGUUUGAUGUGAACCGAGAUGGGCACAUCGAGUUUGAGGAGUUUGUGGACUCGUUGAGCGUCUUUCACCCCAGAACACCUAAUGCAGUGAAAAUCAAGAGUGCAUUCAAGUUGUAUGAUUUAAGGCACACUGGUUACAUCGAGCGUGAAGAGUUGAAAGAUAUGGUACUGGCUCUUCUGAAAGAAUCCGACCUAGCUCUCUCCGACGAUGUCGUUGAACAGAUUGUGAACAAGACAUUCAAUGAAGCAGAUUCAAAAAGCGAUGGCAAGAUUGAUCAGGAAGAGUGGGAAAACUACGUGGAGAAGAACCCGUCUCUACUGAAGAACAUGACGCUUCCCUAUUUAAUGGACAUAACCUUGUCGUUCCCCAGCUUUGUAAUGAGAACUGAAGCGGACGAAUCAGAACUAUAACUCGAUGUUGGAGUCCCAGACGCUGAUGCCCCUCACAGCCAUACUUGAAGCUAGCUGUGUCUCAGUGAGAGGUUAAGGGUUCUGCAGACAGCCCAGUAAAACGUGGUUAGUUCGACUGCCAGGCAAAUGUUUCAGACUUCUUCGCAGAAGUGAAGGGUUUGUGGAAGACUAAUGGUAGUUCCUAAGCAGAACUUUCCUCUUCCCUUCAUGUUUUUUAAAGUGUGCUAUGCCCUACAAAAGUAUUGGAUUGGCAGUGGAAACUAAGCUGUAAAAAAAGGAUGCAUAUAGAUUCCAAUGUUGUGUGGCUUUCGAAGGCAGUUAGCUUUCGAACACGAUUGUUUGUAGUACAACAUCUGUAGAUUGGUCUGUACUAAUGACACUUUUUGACCUAUAGAAACCUGCUGCAAAUAUCAUUAAGCAGAAACGACGGUUACAAUCAUCCCGUCGGACUUGAUCAACGAGAAUCAAGGGGGUCUAUCGACUCAAACAACACUCAUUUCAUCGCGUUUUACAUUGUGCCAUCUGACAAGCUGCUGAAUUUGCUUCCCGACGAGCAUGCAGCAUUAAUCCUACCACUGGCGCACUCAUGGAAGGUCUGAUGCUGCUGCACAGCACCACUGUCUGGCAAGUUUUGGCCUUCUUUCUCCCUGAAUCGUCCGAACCAAAACAAGGCAAUCUGUCUCCUCCAUGAAAACAAUGGAACUGAGUAGCCAGCCAAGUCAGCAAAUCCAAGCUGUGGGGCUUCCAUCCAAUAAACCGCUGCCACGUUUGAAAUCCGGAUUUACGCUUUCACUUUUGAAGUCAAAACGCCACGUUCCUCGCCAAAACGACCUACACUAGUUUAGUUCUCUGCGUCUUCGUUUUCGUUCGAGAUCUCUGUUUGUGCAAAAUCUGAGAACGGGAGGAACGGAGCAGAAGAAUCUAUGGUGAACGACGACGACGAAGGCCCACCGCCAGGGUGGCAAUCGAACCCAUCGGAGGUAGAACCUGCUUCGCCACCGCCACGGCCACCGCCGACCACCACACCGAGGGAACCUAUGCUUCAGCCACGGUGGUCAGGUGAGCCGCCGUAUACUAAAAAAAACUCGAAUUAGGUCGAAUUUCUCGUCGGACAAGUUCCACGUGCCUUAGGAAACUUAGGCGGUUUUAUGCUCUGUUAAAACUGUUGUUGUCUAUUGUGGGGAUGCAGAGAUCGCUCAGAUGGUUUGUGGUUCAUGCCAACAACUUCUAGCCUAUCAGAAAGGGGAGAAGCAUGUGAAAUGCAUUUGCUGCAACGCUGUCAACUUUGUGCUGCAAGGUUAGCUGUAGCGUCUACUUCUUUCUUUCUUUCGCCAGUCCUCCUUAUGUGAUGAACUUUCAAUUUCAUAUGUGGAAGUAAGCAACUAACUAUUCAGAUUUCAGAACUUAUACAGGGCUCUGAAAAUUUAGAUACUCUUAUCGAACAGUUCAGCAAUCAGCAUAGUAUCUACGGAGGGAGUUCUAAGAAUAGUAGUAAAAACGUGAUUAUAACUGUUGGGGAAUAAUGUGCUUUGUUUGUUAUGUUGUAGCUCACCAAGUUGGACUUGUAAAUUGUACCUAUUGUCCACUGCUGCUUAUGUACCCGUAUGGAUCUUUAGCGGUUCGCUGCUCCUCCUGCCAGAGGAUAACAUCAAUCGGAGUAUGUCAGACGACUCUUCAUUGUGCUCGAUUUAUGCAAUGUUAAUUAGUAUCCUUUGACGCAUUUCAAACUGUGGUGACUGCUAACUUGUGAUAUGCAAGGCUACACAUGCUUCGUUAUACAUGCCACGAUAGUGUUUAAAGAUCAUUAAUGAUAUCCUAGAAGAAGAAGUAUUGAAGGGUGUAUUCAUUUUCUCGUGGUAACAUAAAGGUCAAGAUAAGCAUUGGGUGGAUGUUCCUCUACAGAAACAAUUUAGCUUCUCAAAACAAGUCUGGAUUCUGGACUAUAACUAGCAACCUGCAAAGCCUAAAGUACAAUGUGGCUGACACUGAUAGGCAUUAUUAGCAGAAGCACACAGAGACAUGAAGACAAGGAAUUUUUUUCCGCAUUAUGGAUGGUUCUUUAAGUUAUGUUCUUUGUUUGAAUGUUAAUUGAGAUGUUUUCAUCAUUGAACUUGAUAAAGCGACUCUUGUUUCUCUAACCAGAUUUAUCGUACCGACAAAGGCUUGACUGCGAUUCGUGUAUACAUUAUGUGCAGGAUCAGAGCCAUCGCCCGCUAUGUUCUGUAAUACAGGGAUUCCCUGCCCCACCUCCCCACAAUCCUGUUCCGCUGACUAAGCCUACCUCCUAAAAACUGUGCAGCUCAGAAGGAACUGUGAAGAGUCUCCUCUGAAGUAGUGGUUUUGUGUAGGCUGCUUCUAUGACCAAGUCCAGAGAUGUUAUGAAUGCCUAUUGGGAUUUCGCUCAGAUGGUUAGCUUUAGAUCUACUUAUCUAGUUCUUUUGCCGCCAGUGGUGACUUGGCUCGGUGUCUAUGCUGAAGGUGAAGGUGCAGUCUCUCUAGGAAUUAAACUUUCCUGGUGGUGGUUAGAGUUGGGAACAAUGGGCGCCACGAAUCAAUCUCUAAGAGGAACAAGAUAAAAUAUGCUUAUGCUGACUGUCCUACAGCUACACGUUGGUUCAUUUGGGCUAUGUUCAAUUUAGUGCAGUGUCGGUUCUGGAAGAACUCUUCGUGACUUAAAAAAGCUUAUCUUGAACAGCAAGUAGAGUUAUUAUUAGAGUUCUCCUAAAGCAAACUAGAAAGGGAGCAACUUGUCGCCCAUAAAUUUCAGAUUUGAUUACUGAUAAUGUAAAAUAUCUUUGGCUGUCAACAGUGACAGCUGUCUAUAAUUCUAUCGUCCAACUUAGAUUAUUACGUGAAAUUGGCUUAUUCUAGAUUUUGCUGUUUUUUAUUAUCAGCAAAAUGACAGAUUAUGUUUUUCCUUCAUGAACAUGUAGCGUAAUCAUUCAUUCACUCAUUAGCUAGCACCGCCAGGCCUGUUUAAUAUCGAUACCAGGACUUUCUGACACCUUAGAAUAAACAAUUGAGGCAUAC